AUUAAAAAAGAGAAAUAAAAAAAAAGUUACUAGUCAACAACACUAACAAGUUAUCUGUAUAAAUUUAUAAGAUCUUUGGUCUUUUUUUCUGGGGUGUGAUCAAACAUGGGAAAGGCAAGCAAAUGGUUAGUAAACUUCUUGCUAGGGAGAAAAGAUGAUAAAGGAAAAAGGAAGAAUUUGUCCAUAUCUUUUGAUGAAGAGAAUUUGGUUUCAUCCCCAUCCGCAACUCCAUCGUCCGCAUCUUCGUUUAAGCGGAGAUGGAGUUUUGGGAAGUUGUCGAGUAAAGAUCGAGCUCAUAAGAGUUCCCGGUCACUUGACUCAAUGAUUGCAACUCCACUUUUGAAGCAAGCUGUAUUCAAUAUGGAGAUCCGGCAUGAUAACAAGAGGGUUUUCACAAUGGCCAUGAUGAAUUCUAGCAGAAGGAAAACAAAAGCAAGAUAUGCAGCAGUGGAAAAUGCGGCAGCGACCCAGAUUCAAGCCGCUUUUCGUUCGUAUUUGGCAAGGAAAGCAUUGCAUGCUUUAAGGGGACUAGUAAAGUUGCAGGCAUUGGUUAGGGGUUACUUAGUGAGAAAACAAACAACUGCUACUCUCCGAAGCAUGCAUGCGUUAAUGUCUAUACAAGUUCGAGCUCGGUUUCAGAGAAUUCAGAUGGCUGACCAAUCACAACUUGAUGUAAAAUCCCAAUCAUUAAGAUAUGGCAGGUUUCUCCAGGAGAUGGAGUUCAAAAGAUCACAAAGAGAAGGUAUUAAUGAAAAACAUGGGCUUGUGAAGAGCCAAAACGGUUUAAUGAAUCAUUCACAAAUGGAGAGGAUUGAGCAAGGAAUCAUCAAAUAUUACUCAGGAGAGCUUCCAAUCUUAAAGAGGCAACCAAAGCAUGAGGAGUUCUCAUUCACCACACACAACAGUCCCCGACAUUCUCCUCCAACGUCGAAGGCAACGCCUGCUAGAUCCUCUUUCAGUUCUCAUGAUUAUCCGUACAUGCCGAGUUACAUGGCGAACACGCAAUCUUCGAGGGCCAAACUCCGGUCACAAAGCGAACCAAGACAACGGCCUGCAUUGAACUUCAAAGCCAAAAGCAAGAGAAUAACUUCGGCCGAAGAAAUGGAUGAUGAUAUUCUUCCACGUUAUUCAUUUUCGCAGUCGAAAGGCGUUGCGGAUGAACAUCAAGAUCCAUGGAUUGUCAAACUUUAUCAAUCUACAAUUAAACCAAAGAUGGAUACCUCUUCUUACAAAUGAGGUAAGUCAAGUGUUCACUGCAGUAGGUCCAAGAUUGAAUCUCUGUCACACGGACUCCGGAGAAAAAGCUGGAUAUAGGUAUAUAUCCGAUACGAAUAUAUUCAGUAAACUUUUAUGUAUUUGGAAGUGCUUGAAAGAUGAUAUGUGAAAUCCAUAUCUGAAUAUGUGGUAGGGUACACAAGUAUCCAACAAUGAUACUUCAAAAAAAUUGAAGAAUUAGAAUAAUACAGGAUUUAACAGAUGAAAAAUAAUACAAUCUUCUGCUUUUAUAUGAAUGAAAA